AUGCCGUCAAUCCAGGUGGCAGGCCGUCAUGGCUCCUAUGCGACGCAGUUUUGGAAGCCGGCGGCGUGGACGGCAACGACUUCGCGAUUCCACGAUCGUGCUGGUAUGCGCGCCGCGUACAGUCGCAAGGCUAUCGACCGUCGUCUCGUUCUUCCACUGGACAGCCAUAACUGGGUUCGCGCUCUUGAGGUGCUGAAUGCCGGCUACGCACGCCUCGGUCGCACCCCAGAGCACUUCCAAAGGGUGCUGAGAGAUAUGGUAGAGCAUCACGGCUCCUACGCCGAGUGUGUCACGCGCUCGGCGUCUGCCUUCGCGCCAUCGUCUCUGACGGAGUCCCCUCGAAGCCUCCGAGGUGCAGGGGCCGGUGUCUUUGAUUGCGACAGCAGGCGACUCUCAUGCUCAUCUACUGAGAUGCUCGUGGGUAGUGAGGAGGCACCUGACAUCCUGCUGGCCGUGGACGCACUGCGUGACAGGGCCUACGCUGGUGAAAUUCCGUCGAACCGCUCUCUGUGGGUCACGCUCGUGUGGUCGUACUGCGCUCUUGACCAACCGAGCGGCGCCCUCGAUACAUUCCACCUAGCUACGCGCCGCUUCCGCUUCUCGUCUGCGACCAUGCAACACAUGGCGACGUUGCUGCUGCCUGUCCUGUGCCGGCACGCGCAGCUAGAGGAGGCGACCAACUUGUACGAGACCUACUUAAAGGUGAAUGACACCAAGGAGGAUUUGGACGGCUCGUCGGCAUCAUCGCACCACCGCAGCCGCCUCGAGGAUGCCGACGCUCGACAGUGGCUUGCCGAGGCGGCAGCUCAGCGAGGCGAUUUGAAGCGCGCCCAGAGCUUUGCUGGGGGUGCAAGGAGAUCGCCAGGCGGUGUAACCGCUGCUGACGAUGAGCCUCGCGCCACCGCCAACAAUUUGUCGCCGCGGCCGACAAUAGACUCGCUCUUCCACGACACGCCCAGGUUGAAAAAACUAGCCAAGCUGGAUUGUGGGCCACAUCUAUCCGCUACUUCGGAGGAUUCUGGCCGAACACGAGGUCCGGAGGCGGCGCCGCGUUCUUCAGCCGCGCCGUCAUCGCUGCCGGUGCUUCAGACGCUUAGCUGCAAAGCGGUGCGCCAGCUCUUUCGCUCCCUUUGCCGAGGCAGCAGUGAGACACAUUCAGACGCGCGACUCUGUGCCGCGCUCUGCUGCUGGGCGCACCUCUAUGGCCCUGCGCUAAGAGCCGCAGCUGACCUUGACGGGGAUGCCAUGAGCGGUCAUUGUGACGGUACCCACAACUGCUGCACAUCUCCCCCGCCACUGGAGGACGUGCACGAGCUGCUGAAUCUGCUCGCAUCCCACCAGCGCUGGAAGGACGUGCUUUCCAUUUUCUGCCGCCUCUUCUUGAACAGACCCGCCACCGUCUACCUCAACUCGACGCUUACUGACCUUCAAUCGCUCUCAGCAUCCAUGGGAGGUAGAGAGGGCGCAUUGACUGCAUUCGAAGCUGGCGUGGCCCCCAUCCCAGCACCAGCUCUUCGGCUGGAUGCCAUCACGCUGAACCUGCUGUUCUCGUCCCUCCCUGCCGCUGCGGCGCCGCUUCUAGUGCGCGCAAAAAAGCUCGUACCGACUUCACCCAGGACAGCCACUAAAGGUCAUGACCUCCCGCAGCUGCAGCACCAGCCCCGCACUGUCGGCGAGGCAUACGAGCUGCAGCUCUCCGCUUCCGCUGUCCCUGUCACCGUCGUUCGUCUCCUUGAUGAUCUUCUCCUUCUUCGCGACGACAUGAUACUCACCGACCUCGUAAUGGCUGCCAUCGGACCGGCGCUACUGCAGGUGGGGCAAAUCGACCGUGUCUUUGACCUUCUCGCACGCACACCGAUGAUGGUGUCGGCCUCGCAGCGCAAGGCACCAGCGUAUGUGUCAACAGAGCAUCAGGCUCUGAAGGCGGAGCUGGUCGCGCUUGGGUACGCCACGUUUGCGUUGUGUCCCUCGUCGGCGCGGCGACACGAAAUGGUUCGGCAGCUGCCUCACUUGUUUCCGCCCGAGGUAGUGCGCCGCUUUGCCUCUGGGGGCGAAGGUGAUACGUCGAGUAGCUAUGCUGUCCUCGAGGACGGUGCUGUGUUGGAGAACCACUCGCGCGUGGUAAGGGGGUCUGCCAGUACCGCUGCUGCUCUCAAGUUGGAUCACUCAUUGCCGCCCCACUACAGCGUCAAUGACCAGUGCUGCUGCAGUGGCGUCGAUUCUUCGCAGUCCAGCAAUCGUGCCAACAUCACUAACACCGCAGCACUGUCCCUGCUUGACCUGAAAUCGCAUGCGACUACCCCCGCCUCUGCUGGCAGUGGGGGGCAGCUCAAUACCUCUACGCGGCCGGGCCGUCGAUCCAGCGCCGCCACGCUUACCUCUCUCGCUGAUGACGCCAUGCGCCGAGACUAUGUCCGCCUGCAGGAGCGCCGCUUCAACGCCUUCACGGGCAGCCAUGCCGACGCGGAGCGGGAUCCCCGCCCGAUCCCAAAGGGCUUACACGAUCAUGCGAGCGGCUGGGACUUCUUCGGCCGCGGCGGUGAGAUGGUGUUUGCGAACCAUAACCGCACCUCACACCCUUUCACGAUGCGGCCGAAGGUGAUGCGAGACCUGCGCAAUCCCUACCGAGGGUGGAACCCACGCCGGAACAGCUCGCUGGCGCACAAGGAAAACGUAGUGAAGUGGAAUGGCAAGAGUGCCGUGUGA